CCGCCCCAAUGGCUAUCUCCCGGGCAGGUUUUCGCUCGGUUUCCUGGGCCGGUCAAUUCUUGGCCUCCAGCCGAGCGUCUUGGAGAUGCGCUCCCUGCAGAACUACUACACGCCCAGCGACGACAAUCCGGCCCCGUCGGUUCGCAACGGCGGCCGCCGACAGCACUUCUAAGAAGCCCUACUAUGUCACGACGCCUAUAUUCUAUGUCAAUGCCGCACCUCAUGUCGGUCACUUGUAUACUAUGGUCCUUGCCGACGUGAUCAAGAGAUGGCGGACUCUCAUCGGAGACAAUGACGCCCAACUACUGACGGGAACGGAUGAGCAUGGCAUGAAGAUCCAGCAGGCCGCCCUUGCUGCGGAGAUGGAUACACAGGCCUUCUGCGACCAAAACUAUAAGACGUUCGAGGCUCUCGCAAACGCUGCCAACAUGGACUACAACUACUUUAUACGAACCACGGAGCCUGCGCAUAAGGAAGCUGUUCAGUACUUUUGGGAGAUGCUCAGUCACCGGGGCUACAUCUACACCGCGAAACAUGAAGGAUGGUACUCUGUUAGCGAUGAGACAUUCUACCCUCAGACGCAAGUGCAGAAGUCGUUGGACCCAGAGACAGGGCACACAAAAAUGGUCUCCAUCGAGACUGGAAAAGAGGUAGAAUGGUCCUCGGAAACCAACUAUCACUUCCGUUUGUCUGCCUUCCAAGAACGUCUGCUCGAUCUGUACAAAACAGGGUUCAUUACACCUUCAAUCUAUGGGACAAAUGUUUUCAAUUCUGUCUCCGAGGGUCUUUCAGAUCUGUCGAUCUCCAGGCCCACAGAAAGGCUCAGCUGGGGCAUCCCCGUUCCCGGCGACAACACGCAGACUGUCUACGUUUGGCUAGAUGCCCUGGUCAACUACUUGACCAAGGCAGGCUACCCGUUCGCUCCCGGUCAGGGAUCCAGCCUGGGAUGGCCGGCAGAUGUACACGUUGUGGGUAAAGAUAUUGUUCGCUUCCACUCCGUAUACUGGCCCGCCUUUCUCAUGGCUCUUGACCUUCCCGUUCCUCGUAAUGUUCUUGUUCAUGGACACUGGACUAUUAAUCGUGAGAAGAUGUCCAAGUCUACGGGGAAUGUGGUCAACCCGUUCUUUGCCAUCAAUCGUUUCGGAGUCGACUCGAUGCGCUUCUUCCUCAUUUAUCAAGGCGCUUUGGUGGGAGAUGCCGACUACGACAACGCUUACAUCAUCCGCGAUUACCAGAAAUUGCUGCAGAAGGGACUAGGAAACCUGGCUCAUCGGGCGAUCGGUUGUGCCAAGGGUAAUCUUCGGUCGUAUAUCGAGAACGGCACAAGCGGCAGGCUCCCAGCAGCGACAUUGGCUGAUGAGGAGUACGAAGCGAUGCUGAAGGAGGUGCCCAACAAGGUUGCAGAGCUGAUGGAUAAUCUGAACCCUCGUGCUGCUCUGCAAGAAAUCACCUCACUGGUAGAUCAGACCAACAAGUAUUUCCAUCACGCGGAGCCUUGGAAGAAUCCGAUCGACCGUCAGCGAUCCCUCUACAACGUUGCCGAGUCGCUCCGGAUUGCCAGCAUUCUCCUGCAGCCGGUCAUGCCCACCAAGGCUAACGAGCUUCUGGACAUGUUGCAGGUAGACAAAACCGAUCCGGCCAAAAGGAAGUUCGCGGCGGCGAGGUAUGGGUCUGAUUUAGACUACGGAGCGAAUGCUAAAAAGAGCGUCCUGUUCCCCCCUCUUAUCGUGGAAAGUUAAUAUAGCCGCCUUUCGAUUUGAUAACAGGAAAGGGCCGGAAUCCAAUCAUGGAAGCCAGAUUGGCCGUUCGGUCAGGCAGGCGAUGGGCACGGUCUCCGCACGGAG